GUUUCUUUUAGUCAAACUUCUUUUCAAAGAGAAACCUCAGAAAAAGAUAGCGUUGUAACGUGUUAUCUCCUAUGGAAUUCAAUUGCUAUUGCCUUUACCUUAUCAAUUGAUCGUACUGUGGAUUUAUCAACUUUUCACACAUCCCUACAUCAGUGAUGGCAGACGAUCUAGGGAGCCGUGUGGCCGAGAAGACUGAAGAGCAGUCAGGUAGCGUCCUUCUCACAUACUUCCAAGGAGACAUUAGCAGCAUGGUGGAUGAACAUUUCACCCGUGCACUGAGCAAAGCAACAAAACCAAAGGAAGAACGCUCCAAAAACAAACGAAACCAAAAAUCUGCUGUAACAAAUGACUCAAGCCCAUGGGGAGCACAGUCACACACAGGAUUCCAGUCCAUGCUUUUUUCAGAACGACUCCAUCCAGGAACAAGCAGCAAUCCUCAAUCAAACCCUCACAUGUCAUUAAAUCGCCCUCCAAACAGCGCUCUCCUAUGGUCAGGAGGUUCUAGACAGGACAUGAGUCCGGCUCUGCCGCCCAUGGUUUACCCCUCAGCUGUAUCCACCGAGGGUUUAAUGAUGGCAGAACACCAUUAUACAAAUUCUCUAUUAAACUUGGUUCACAAUGAUCGACCUGACCUUGGCUCAGUGGUGGUGGGCUCCUCCAAACAAGACUUGAUUUCUGGAUGGACUAAGUAUCCUGGAUUUGGCAACCAGAUGAGUUCUGAUGUCAGCCUUGAUUCUGGCGUACAGGUGAUAGAAAAGAAGAAUAUUUAUUGGUAUUGAUUGAAUGCUGAAGAUUGUAUACCAAGAACGAGGAAGUGUGUAUCUCUCUUUCGUUUAACUGAACGAAAGUGACUAAAAGACCAUGCAAUGCUUAACCUGGAGGCGUCCGUGGACAACCUGUUCAAAAACAAGCUCUGCAUGUAUCGCAGAAACAGGAGAUUGUACAAGAGAUUUGCCUUAGGCUCUUUGGUUAAAGCAGUUUCACACGUACACAAGAACAUGCAUGCAAACAUAUUUCCUGCAUGGGAUGAAAAUGAAAUUUAAACAUUUUAAGGCAGAAUUUAUCUGGUACAACUGGAUGCAUUUCUUGUUCUUUGAAGAUUUUAUGACAGAUGUCUCACAGACACAUGAUCUAACCUGUCAGAAAACCUGGUUGGAGCAUUAAGCAACUUGCAAUAUAUGUUGACUAUUCAUGAUAUCUUAUGUUUUAUUUUUGAUUCAUUUUAACCCAGUGGCUGGGUUUGUCCAUAUUUGGCCAUGGGAUGAAACAAUCCAGCAUGUUUUUCAGAGUGUAAAUCCACUUGGACUGAAAUAAGCAGCAUUAAAAUCUAUAAAGUGGAGCCAGAUGGCUGCAGGCUGUGAAAACACAUACUAAUAAAAUGCUAUAUUAUAAUAAAUCCAAUGUGCAUACAUUAAAUAUAUUCAGUGCUAUUAAACACAUUUUAAAACAGAAUGUUAAACAGCAUUGGUGAUGGUUUUAUAUACAGUAUAUGUAAUGGAUUGAAAAUGUAAACACUGCGCCCUAGUGGCUAAAAUGAACAUUGCACUGCAUAUCAUCAGCCUAUAUAAAAUUAAAUUAAUAACACAAGCAAGUCUGUGUCUUGGAGGAAGUCUUCAUCUCACAUUAUGAUUUAGCUAUUAAACUCUAUUCCCCACUACGAAUCCAAUUCAUAAACGCAGAUGGACGAACAGCCACACCCCUGCAUGUGAAUUAUUGAUGCCCUUGCCGUAUAUUUAGCAAUUAUCCAUCUGGUGCCACACAUGGCCAUUUCCAAAUUAAAAUGACCAAAGCCAAGGCUAAUCCCAAAAACAGAUACAGACUCGC